GUGGGCUUGCGGCCCUCGCUGUCAGCCCACGCGGCCCCAGAGCCCUCGGAGGGGCAGCUGCCGACCAGCUGCCGUGGGUGCUCCCCAACAACCGCGGCGCCGGCUCGGGCCCCGGCCGCAUCGCUGGCGGCGGCCUGCUCGGCGGCGGACUGGGAGGACGCGGUGCAGGAAGUGGGGUCGGGCUGGCGGAGCCCUUCAUCGGCACCAGCCAACCGGGUGGGAGCCUGGGAGGCAUCGGCAGCGGCUGGCGGGUGCCUGGGGCUGCAGAUGCACCCGCGCCGCUCGGCGCGCUGAGUGCGCUGGCUGGCGGGGCCGGGGGCCCGUGGGGCGGGCCUCGAGGCCUCGCCGAUGCUGCAAGCAGUGGCCCGCCGCCGCAGCGGCAGCCUUCGUCAAACACCCCCGAGGCGCCCACUGGCGCCGGCGGCCUAUUUGGCGGCACGGGCGGCGACGGCGGCGGCGGAUGGGGCGGGCUCGGGUCGCGGCCAAGCCUCGGAGAUCUGGAAUCCCAUCAGAUCACUCCCUCCAGCAGUUUUGGGGGCGCUUUUCGGCAGCUUGGCGGCGGCAGCGGCAGCUUCUCAUCGCCUUCUGCCGGGGGCGGCGGGAACGGCUUUGGCGGCGGGGCCGGAGUGUUUGGGGGCGGCCGGCCGGGGCUGGGCGGGCUGAUGGGGUGGAUGGGGGACCUGGGAAGGGCGGCGGCGGCGGCACCGAGCCCGCGCGGCGGCUCCGGGGGCGACAGCUGGGGCAGCGCGGGCCUCCGCGGCCUCGGCGGCAACUGGGGCGGCAACAGGGGCAGCGGCUGGGGCGCCAAGCCGGCGGCGUUCGCGGCGCCGUCCCGGCCCGGCCUCGGCGGCGGCGGUGGCGGCGGUGGCUGGGGUGGCGGGAGCGGCGGCCUUUCUGGUUUAGCCAGUCACCCACACGGCGGGGGUUCAGGCGGGCUGGGCGUGGGCCUGACAAGGCUCGCCCAGCGGGGGUUGUGA